GCUCUGCUUUGUGAAGGCACUGAUUGUUUGGUGAUGGUGGGGUAUUAAUUACAGCGCAGCAAUUUAUUACCCCGCCAGCGUCACAAUCGCAGCUCGGCCUUGGGAGGUCUCCAACAAUCAUCCAGAAUCUUCCAUGAUCUGGGAUAUAAUUCAGGACCCUCGACCCUCCAUCGCCUUGGACUGACGUUGAUCACCCACCCGGACUCACAGCCCUAGUGACAGCAACACUUCCACACGCCAAGAUGCCUGUCGACUACAGCAAAUGGGACAACCUCGAGCUCAGUGACGAUUCGGACAUUGAGGUCCACCCCAAUGUUGACAAGCGCUCCUUCAUCCGCGCCAAGCAGAACCAGAUUCACCAAGAGCGCCAGCAGCGACGCUUCGACAUUGAACGUCUCAAGUACGAACGAAUCAUCAACGAUGGCCUCCUCAAGCGCAUAUCGUCCCUCGUCGCGGCGCUCAAAGCCCACGCGCACGAAGCGACGAGCCGAAACCCCGGCGAGGUGGCCUUCCAGGCCGUGAUGGAAAGUGCGGGGAAACCGGAGGAGGACCAGCCGCCCAAGAGGCCCGAGGGUCUCCAGGCUGCCGAGGGCGAGGAGAACCCGACGUACUCCAAGAUGAUGGUGGCGUUGUUGGACCAGGUGAACAAGGCCCUGGACGAGAAGAAGCCCGAAGAUCGAUACACGGCCAUGACCGAGGAGGUGCAGAUGCACGAGAACAAGGUGCUGGAUCUGCAGAGGCAGCUGGAGGAAAAGCUCGCGGAGCUGGAGAAGGAGGAGAAGAGGAAGAUCACAAGCGACGCGUACCACACGGGCUUUGACAGCUCGCACGUGUCCAAGUCGACGCCGGAGGACAAGGCGAAGGAGGAAGCCGCGCAGAAGGGACAGCAAAACAAGCAACUGGAGCUGUUGAACCCAAACUUCAAGCCUGCCGACACGCAAAACAAAUCGACACCGGAUGAUGGAGAGGAGGAGGAAAUGGAAGCGUCACCGGAUGCCAAGAAGUUUGCUCAGUUCAAGACGAACGACUUUAGGGGCAGCGCGCAGUUCAUCAGUGAGCAUCCUCACAUACUGAAGGAGAGCGAGACGGACGGUCUCAUGGUGCUGGCGUUCGACGCCGCUCUCGAGAUGAAGGACGAGUACGCGCGGCAGUGCGUGCACCAGGCCCUGCUCCUUCAGUACUGCCGACAACUGGGCCGUGACGGCGUGUCGCUCUUCUUCAAGCGCAUCACCACAAAGGACCAUCAGGCGCAGCAGAUGUUCUACAAGGACGUGCAGGACACAUAUAUGCGCAUCCGCAACCGUGCCAGAGAGAUUGUGCGGGAACGGACGCUGGAGGAGCAGCAAGGUGGUGUCGAGCAGAUUCAGCUCCACGCCAUGGACGAGGGCACCGUGAUCAACAUCCGCAUCCCCGAGAAGGACAGCCAGGACGAUGAGGAGCAACGGGCGAGGAAGAUCUUUGAAGGUUUCUCAGCGGAGAUGCGCAAAGCGCUCGAGUCGGAGAGCCUGGACGAGGUGAACAAGGUUCUGGGCGAGAUGAAGGUUCCCGAGGCGGAGGCCAUGGUCGAGGCGUUUGGCGAGGCCAACAUUCUCAGUCUCGAGGAGAAGAUUAUCGACGCGACGACGGAGGAGGGUCAGAAGCAGCUCAAGGAGCUGGAAAAGGCCGCCGCCGCUGAGGAGAAGUACGACGAUCCCGAAUGAGGCAGUCACAACAGCAUAAGCUCAGAAUCCUGUAUACUACAGAGUUGUCGUCAGUCAAUGAGGAUCAAUCUAUCAGUACAGGAAAGUUAGCAAAGUGUCGAUACGAGGUCGAGAGCUUCACCGUGAGACGCAGAGGAUAAAAUGGAUAAAAAUAGGUUAUG